UGGCGGUGCUCUUCCAAAAGAAGCAAACAUGUUGGCUCCUGUUCCGCCGCACAUUCCUACUUCUCAUUUACACGCAGAUGAAUCACAGCAACAUGCACAGAAACAAUAUGAACCGGAAAGGAAAAGGCCGAGGAUCGAUCAGCACCACGACAAAAAAGGGCAGCGCAUCGACAAAAUCCUGGAGAAAUCAAUUGAAAAAGGAAAUUCCGAGCAGGUUCGUGGUUUAAGCAAUGAACUGUCAGCCGAACGGGUCGCACAGCUCCGAAGCAGAGUCAAAAGCAACUUAAAAAACAAGGCAUUGGAUGAGGAAAGCUUCAUAUCAGUUUCGCAAGAGACGGCAACAACCGCAACCAGUGAUGCUAUCGGUCGGUUUAUAGCUGAAAAGGAGAGAACGCGUAAAGAUCGCACAACAUGUUUGGAAUCGCAGUCAAGGGAUUUUUCCAGUAUCAUUUCUGUGCUCAAGGAUCUUCAGAUGCGUGAAAAUCAAGCCAAAUCUUCUGCGCAUCAUUCUGCAGGUGUAUAUUCCUCGGGAGCUUCUACAGGGGCUGCAAUGCAAAAUACAAAAAUGCAAAGGCAGGCGGUUUCAGCUGGAUAUAGCCGUUACGACCAGGAAAUUUUUCAACGUGAAACAGUUGCAGAUUUCGAAAUUGAAACAGAUCUUAGUUUUCAUGGGCAAGGUGCCCUCGUUAACAAUCAACAACAAAGAUUAGUUCCUACGGCAGACGCAGUUUCCUCUCUCCCGUCCAAUUCUACUGCAACUAACGGCAUUCAUAAACCAACAGAUCAACAUCCUUCAAGACCAAAUUCUGUUGCACCUUCAAUUUCUGGCUCGCGCAGUCAACCUAAGCGUGUGUCGCGCACUCCAAUAAUUGUAAUACCUGCUACGGGGACAGCUUUAAUAACUAUGUAUAACGCUCGAGAUAUCCUACAGGAUUUGCGUUUUGUAAGCUCUGAAGAAAAGAAAAGAACAUAUAGCAGACGAGACAAUGAAUUAUUGCUUCAAAUUCAGAAAAAUAAUGUUACAGUGCCAUAUCGAGUCAUAGAUAAUCCAACUCGUUUGAAGGAUGAUGAGUGGGAGAGAAUUGUUGCAGUUUUUGUUCAGGGACCUGCCUGGCAGUUUAAAGGUUGGAAGUGGAACGGAAAUCCGGUAGAAAUAUUUUCCAAUGUUGCUGCUUUCCAUCUUAAAUUUGAAGAACAAAAAAUGGACCCGAAUGUUGCGAAAUGGAGGUUUUUUAAUGUUUUUUUAUGCUUAAAACUUUUUAGCGUUAAUGUUUUGCAAUUGUCUCGUACAAAGCGUCAUCUCGAUAGAGCAAUCCUUCAGCGUUUUUGGGAAAUUUUGGACCGUCAUAUUGCAAAAAGCAGUAAACGUGAUUGGCUUCGAUAUUGA